GGUUCCUAGAAAGGUUUAGAGAGAGGGGUGGGAAGGCUGUGAGAGUCGCUUCCGGAUUGGCUCAACUCUGCGGAGCAACCUUGAAUUGUCUGCAGCAAUAAUUCAACGAUUCAGAGAAAGAGAGAGAGUCAGUAAGGGAGAGCAGCUCACAAUUCUAUGGCUAAUUUCUGGAAAGUGAUUUGGCAGAAGCCCUUCCUGUGAGCUGUAUCAGUCUUUGCUUAUGCCUGGCCUUCUUGCAGAGGGAGUGCAUGGAGAUUAUUUUUUGAGGGACAAACUACUAGGAGUGGCUUUGGUUCCACCUCCCCCCUUUUUUAUUACGAAUAAAAAUGGCUACUGAGUAUAGAACUUUGCCAGCCCUGGGUCUCCAGCUGCAGGCUGUGUUGGGACCAGGACCAAAGCGGAAGGAGCUGGAUUCUGUGUGCCUUGAACCACAGAGAGGACUGGGAAAUGGCUUUCCUGUCAACCCAAUCAAGAAUACUCAGGAAUUCUGGGAAAGAACCCCAGGAGAACAAGGUAAGCGGGAACCUUGUGAGGAGUUGCAAGAGAACUGGGAAGCCCGAUGGCAGGAGUUCCUGAAGACGGUGGAGUCUGCCCCUUUGGAUCAGGGCACCCCACAAACCCCGGGGCCCAUGCCCAUUGGCAGCAGCAAGGAUUUCCUAGCCCACUUUGAGGGAGCUGCUGGUGCCACAUACGGGGCUGCUGACCCCCUGUUAGGCCUUGGUUCAGGGAUUCAAGAGAGCCUCCUGUUGGCAAAAGAUCCUGCAGGAUGUGUGAAAGUGAAGGAGGAGAGUGUGGAUGGAGACGCCUCCAUUGUCUUGGACGCCUGUCGCCAACGCUUCAGGCAGUUUGCCUACCAAGAGGCCGAGGAGCCCCGAGCAGCUUGUGACCGGCUCCAGGAACUUUGCCACGGGUGGCUGAAGCCGGAGAGAUACAGCAAGGGGCAGAUGGUGGAGUUGGUGGUCCUGGAGCAGUUUCUGACUGUCCUCCCGCCGGAAAUGCAGAGCUGGGUCGAGGCAGGCGGGCCGGGGAGCUGCGCCCAAGCAGUGGCCCUGGCAGAGGAGUUCCUGCAGAGGCAGGAAGGGCAGGUUCUGGAAUCCCUGAAGGAGGAGAUGGCAAAUCCCACCGAGAAAGAAGAGGGCGCUCUUCAAGACUCUUGGCAGAGGUCGGUCUUCCAAGAUAUCAAAGAAGAGGGCAACGAUGGAGCCACCAGCUUCUUGGCAGGUGAUGAGUGGAUGUGUGGAAAUGAGCCAAAUACGGCUGCAUAUUCUGUGGAAGUGGAACCUCAAGAAGUGUUACCAAGAAGAGCUGAACGGAAUACAUCUCAGAUUUCCAAUCUGGGAGAUGAAGCAAACGAGGAGGACAGCCUGAUUCACCACCAGAGCAGGCAUGAGGAACUGGAGGACAGAUUCCUCCAGCAGGGUAAGGAGAAGACUGAAAAUGCUCCCCUUGAAUGUGGAAAUAUCUUGAGAGAGGCAUCUGAUUUUCUGGUUCAUGGAAUAACUCAGGCACAGAAAUCUUUGUUCAAAUGCCCUGAUUGUGGGCAAAACUUCAGCAGGAGAUCGGUCCUCAUUAACCAUCAGAGGAUCCACACAGGAGAGAAGCCCUUCAAAUGCUCUGUUUGUGGGAAGGGCUUCCGCCAGCAUUCACAGCUCAUUAACCACAAGAGAAUCCAUACAGGGGAGAAACCAUAUAGCUGCCCUGACUGUGGGAAACGCUUUGGGGACCCCUCACACCUGCUAAGGCAUAAGAGGACACACACGGGAGAAAGGCCGUAUAAGUGCUCAGCCUGCGGGAAGAGUUUUUCCACAGGGACAGAGCUCCUCGUGCACGAGAGAACUCACACCAGCGAAAAGCCAUGCCAGUGCCCUGACUGUGGACAAAGCUUUAGCAGGAUGUCCGUCCUCAUUAAUCACCAGAGAAUCCACACAGGAGAAAAGCCAUACAAAUGCUCAGAUUGUGGGAAGUACUUCCGACAGCGUUCGCAGCUUGUUAACCACCAGAGAAUCCACACGGGGGAGAGGCCAUAUGUGUGCUUAACCUGUGGGAGGAGUUUCAGUGACCCAUCGCAUCUCAUCCGGCACAAGAGAACCCACACAGGAGAGAAGGCCUGCCAAUGCUCUGUAUGUGGGAAGGGCUUCAGCACCAGCGCCUACCUUAUUACUCAUCUGAGAAUCCACACAGGAGAGAAACCAUAUCAGUGCUCGAACUGUGGGAAAAGCUUCAAUCACAAUUCAGCUCUCAUUGCUCAUGAGCGGCUCCACAGGGGAGAGAAGCCGUACAAAUGUGCAGAUUGUGGGAAAAGCUUCAACAGCAGCUCACAGCUUACCACGCACAUAAGAACCCACACCGGGGAAAAGCCAUACAAGUGCACCAAUUGCAGUAAAGAUUUUACCAGCCGGACUGAGCUAGUCACUCACGAGAGGAUCCACACAGGAGAGAAACCGUAUACAUGUGCCGAGUGUGGGAAAAGCUUCAGCCAGCGAUCGCACCUUAUCACACAUGAGAGGAUCCACACAGGCGAGCGGCCCUAUGUGUGCUCAGAGUGUGGGAAGAGCUUCAAUAACAAUUCGAGCUUCAUUGUGCACAAGAGGACUCAUACGGGAGAGAAACUAUACACAUGCUCCAUCUGUGGGAGAAGCUUUAGUGACCAUUCGAACUUUAACAAACAUCAACUUAUGCUCCUGAACCGAGUUAGGAUGUGGCUUACUUUAAGCCGUCUUUGCUUAAAUUCUGAUGGCUUCCUUGAGCUGUGGUUUGGGCUCCCCCCUCCCCAACUUUUUAGAAGAAAAAUGGCUACCAAGCACAAAACUAUGCCAGCCCUGGGUCUCCAGCUGCGGGCUGCCUUAGGACCAGGACUGAAGGAAAAGGAGCUGGAUUCCCUGUGCCUCGAACCAGAGGGAGGCCUAGAAAAGAGCCUUCUUGUCAACCGGGUCAAGAUGACUAAGGAAUUAUGGGAAAGAGCCCCACCAGAACAAGGUAAAUGGGAGUUGCAAGAGAGCUGGGAAGCCCGGUGGCAGGAGCUCCUGAAGACGGUGGAGUCUGUCUCUUCGGAUCGGGGGACCCCACAAACCUUGGGUCCCAUGCCUGUUGGCGGCAGCAAGGAUUUCCUAGCCCAAUUUGAGGGAGACGCUGGCACCACAGGUGGGGCAUCUGAACCUCUCUUAGGCCUCAGUUCGGAGAUCCAAGAGACAGAGAACUUCCUGUUGGCGAAAGAUCCUGCAGGUUGCAUGAAAGUGAAAGAAGAGAUCGUGAGUGGAGAGACCUGCUCUGUCUUGGACACCUGUCGCCAACGCUUCAGGCAGUUUGCCUACCAAGAGGCCGAGGAGCCCCAAGCAGCUUGUGACCGACUCCAGGAACUUUGCCACGGGUGGCUGAAGCCGGAGAGACACAGCAAGGGGCAGAUGGUGGAGUUGGUGGUCCUGGAGCAGUUUCUGACUGUCCUCCCCCCGGAAAUGCAGAGCUGGGUCGAGGCAGGCGGGCCGGGGAGCUGCACCCAAGCAGUGGCCCUGGCGGAGGAGUUCCUGCAGAGGCAGGAAGGGCAGCUGCUGAAUCCUCUGAAGCAAGAGACGAUGAAUCCCCUUGAGACAGAGGAUGUUCUUCAAGAUGCUUGGCAGAGGCUGGUCUUCCCUGAUAUCGAGCAAGAGGGCGAUGAUGGAGCCACCCCUUUCUUAGCAGGUGACAAGUGGGUGUGUGGAAAUGAGCUAAAUCAGGCUGGAAAUUCCGUGACAGUGGAACCCCAGGUGACAUUACCAGGUAGAGCUGAAUGGAAUACAUCUCAGAGUCCCAACCUGGGAGAUGAAGCCUUUGAGAGUCACCCAAGAAACUGCCCAGCAAAAGAGGACAGCCUAAUUAACCACCAGGGGAGGUAUGAGGAACUGGCAGACAGAAUAGUCCAGCAGGGUAUCCUCGAGGAUAAGACCGAAAAUGCUCCCCUUGAAUGUGGCAAUGCCUUCAGGGAGAUGUCUGAUCUUCUGGUGCAUGGAAUAACCGAAACACAGAGAUCUCUGUACAAAUGCCCAGAUUGUGGGCAAGACUUUAGCAGCAAAUCAGUCCUCAUUAAACAUCAGAGAAUCCACACAGGAGAGAAACCCUUCAAAUGCUCUGUUUGCGGGAAAGGCUUCCGCCAACACUCACACCUUGUUAACCAUGAGAGGAUCCAUACGGGAGAGAAGCCAUAUAGCUGCCCCAGCUGCGGGAAAAGCUUUGGUGACCCCUCACACCUCAUCAGGCAUAAGAGGACCCACAUGAGAGAGAGGCCCUAUAAGUGCUUGGCCUGCACAAAGAGCUUCUGCACAGGGAAUGAGCUUCUCAUGCAUGAGAGAGUACACAUGAAUGAAAAAUUGUGUCAGUGCACUGCCUGUGGGCAAACGUUCACCAGGAUGUCAGUCCUAAUUAGCCAUCAGAGGAUCCAUACAGGAGAGAAGCCAUACAAAUGCUCAGAGUGUGGAAAGUGCUUCCAGUACAACUCACAGUUUGUGAAACAUCAGAGAAUCCACACAGGAGAGAAGCCAUAUGAAUGUUCAGCGUGUGGGAAGUGCUUCCGACAGCAUUCCCAGCUUGUGAACCACCAGGGAAUCCACACAGGAGAGAAGCCACAUAAAUGCUCAGAGUGUGGGAAGUGCUUCCGACAGCACUCGCAACUUGUGAAACACCAGAGAAUCCAUACAGGAGAGAAGCCAUACAAAUGCUCAGAGUGUGGGAAAUGCUUCCGACAGCAGUCACAACUUGGGAACCAUCAGAGAAUCCACACAGGGGAGAGGCCGUAUGUAUGUUCAGACUGUGGGAGGAGCUUCAGUGACCCAUCUCACCUCAGCAGACAUAAAAGAACACACACAGGAGAGAAACCUUGUAAGUGUUCUGUUUGUGGGAAAAGCUUCAGCACCAGUGCCUACCUUAUUACUCAUCUGAGAAUCCACACAGGAGAGAAACCAUAUCAGUGUUCAGAGUGCGGGAAAAGCUUCAACCACAAUUCUGCUCUCAUUGCCCAUGAGAGACUCCACAGGGGAGAGAAGCCAUAUAAAUGCCCAGAUUGUGGGCAAAACUUUAGCAGCAGAUCAAUCCUUAUUAAACAUCAGAGAAUCCACACAGGAGAAAAGCCUUUCAAAUGCUCCAUUUGUGGGAAGAGCUUCCGCCAGCACUCACAGCUUAUAAAUCAUGAGAGAAUCCACACCGGAGAGAAACCAUUUAGUUGCCCUGACUGUGGGAAAAGCUUUGGAGACCCCUCCCAUCUGAUCAGGCAUAAGAGAACCCACACAAGAGAGAGGCCUUACAAAUGCUUGGUCUGUGGGAAAAGCUUCUGCACAGGGAAUGAACUUCUUCUGCAUGAAAGAACCCACACAAGUGACAAAUUUUAUCGGUGCUCUGUCUGUGGGAAAAGCUUCAGGAGGAGGUCUGCCCUUGUCACUCACCAAAGGAUCCACACAGGAGAGAAGCCAUACAAAUGCUCUGAGUGUGGUAAGUGCUUCCGAGAGCGGUCGCCACUUGUGAAACAUCAGAGAAUCCACACAGGAGAGAAGCCAUACAAGUGCUUGGAAUGUGGAAAGUGCUUUCGCCAGAACUCACAACUGGUGAACCACCAAAGAAUCCACACAGGGGACCGGCCAUAUGUGUGUUCAGAUUGUGGGAGGAACUUCAGCGACCCAUCACACCUCAUCAGGCACAAGAAAAUCCACACAGGAUGAGAAACUUUGUAAGUCCUGGUUUGCAGUACUUGCUUUAUUUCUCAUCUGCGAAUCCCUUAUCAGUGGAUUUGGAGAGAAACCAUAUCAGUGCUCAAGAGUGCAGGGAAAACUUCAACCAUAAUUUGGCUGUUACUGCUCAUGAGAGGCUCCAUGGCAGGGAAAAACUACAAAUGUGUAGAUUGCAAGACAGGAUUCAACCGUAGGUCACAGCUGAUUACACAGAGGAAAGACCACGCAGGCAAAAACUGUACAAGUGCACAGUUCGGGGAAAAGAUUUUAUUAGUUAGUCACUUACCAGAGCAGGGGCUGUCAACCUUUCCACCAUCAUGGCCCACUUGAAAGGGCAGGCCUCAAUCACUUGGGGCACCAGUCACAAAAUGGUGGCAGAUGGAGAUGAGGUUUGGCAUAAUCAAUUGGCAAUCACCAUUUUUUAUUGGUUUCUAAUCUCACCUUGGACAUUUCUAAACUCUGCCACAGCAAUUUCCUUGUGGCAAGGAGUUCCAUUGUGCAGCUUUGCUCGAGCUAUGUGCAGACAUUGGAAGUAUCAUGACUCAGCCUCCCCACUUUGGGCAGAAUUUGCUCAUCCAGUGGCAGUAAUUGGAGAAGCUGGUUUAUUUUAUAUUCUCCUGUCUCCCAUUGCCUCUCAAAGUGUUUUUACUCAUUGCCUCAUUUCUUCUCCCAUCCUCCUUUCACACUUAACUUGUACCCUACCCUAGGCCCACCCCAACCUUCCAGUUUCUUUCAUCCCUCGUAUAACAGUUUUCCUCCAUCAUUCCCUUAAUUUCUCUUCCCAUAUUGAAUAUUUAGUAAAUAUCUAAUAUAUUUUAACCUUUUUACUUUUCUAAUUUCCUUCAGUGCCUCCUCUGGGUCUUUUUCCUCAGAAGAGGGAGACCUUUCCUGUCUCCUGGCCAACUUUCCUUAGCAUGUGGGGAACUUGUUGGCACUGUCAUUGGUCCAACCAAAAUGGCUGCAGGGCGUGCAAAUGAGGAGGCACUGGGUGCGCUAUGUUACUGAGGCCAAUUUUUGGUCCCUGGCCCACCAUUUGAGAAAUGCUGUAUUAUUUAUUUGUUUUAUUUAUUUCUUACAUUUAUUCCCCACCUUUAUUUCAUCAUAGAACCCAAGGUGGCAUUAUCCCAGGCGGUCUCCCAUGCAGGCCCUGACCAGACCCAGACCUGCAUAGCUUCAGCAAGGUGGUGGCCUCAUGCGCCCUCAGAGCAUAGCCUGGGACCAAUUAUAGGAUCUGUGAGGGAAAGAAGCCUUAGUGACCAUUCAAACUUGAAUGAGCAUCAGCUUAUGCACAGGGGGAGAGAAAUGUGGGACGAGGAUAGACUUCUGGAUACGGCUGAAUGUUAAGGUGUGAAAAAUAUUGCAGUUUGGUCCGCAAUAGUCUCUCAGUAUCUACUAGGGUGAUCAUGUCAUAUGAAUACAGACAUAACACAAUUCCUUCUGAGUUGUUGAGCUCUUCCUGUGACAAGGACAUGAGAACAUAAGACGAGCCUGGCUGCUGGAUCAGGCGAAAGGCCCAUCUAGUCCAGCAUUCUGUCCUCACAGUGGCCAAAGAGAUGCUCCGCUGGGAGGCCUGCAAGCAGGACCCGAACACAACAGUGCUCUCACCUCUGCGAUUCCCCACAAUUGGGUAUUCAGGGACAUAUACUACCUAUGACAUUGAACAUAUCCAUCAUGACUAGUAGCCAUUGAUAGCUUCCUCCUCCUCCUCCAUGACUUGAUCUAACAUUUAAAGCCAGCAGAGCUGGUGGCCAUCCCUACAUCUUAUGGGACAGAAUUCCACAGUUUAACAGCACCUUGUGUGAAGAAGUACUUUGUUUUAUGCUGCCCUGGGCUCCUACUGGGAGGAUGGCGGGAUAGCAAUCAAAUAAAUAAAUAAAUUUUGUUGGUCCUGAAUCUUCCAACAUUCCACUUCAUUAGAUAAUGCCACUGAGUCCUAAAUUCUGAGAAUAUAAAAUAAACCCUGCUGGAUCAACCAAAGGAUCCAUUUAAUCUAGCCUCCUUAAUUCCUAUAAUGUCCAGGCAGACUCUUCUGGGUGGCCCAUAGCAGGACAUAAAGGAGAGAGCCCUUCCUUGCAACCAAUAUUCAGAGUUACACUGUCCUUGAAUGUGGGGCUCCAUUUAGUUGUUGUGGUUAGUAACCAUUGAUAGACUUACCUUUGAUGAAUUGGUCUAAGCCCCCUUUUAAAGCCAUUGUCCACGUCUUGCAGCAGCAAGGUCCACAAGUUAAUGAUGUUGCUGCCACCUCUAUUCCAAAUUCCUUUUUCACCACCUAACAGGACUAGGGGAGAGAGAAUCCCUGAAAUCUCAUGGCAGUUUGGAGAACUGUGCUCCCUUCCCAGUCCUGAGGGAAUCAUGUUGAUGGUUCAGGAGGGAGAGUCUUCAAGUGUGGUCCAUACGUAAUUCCGUAUUUCUGUAAACUCCAAGGAGAAAUAAGCUUUUUUUAAGUUUGCACCUAGGCAUUCAAAAUCCUACACCAGAAUUUUGGAGGGAAUUUUGCUACGUUUUACAGAGACCUGGUUGGAUGAAGCUGGGGGGGUUAAUCUCUCCCAGCUUUGUCCACCUGCUUUCUCAGUACAGCAGCAGGCGAGACCUGGGGGACGGGGAGGUGGGGUUGCAGUGGUCUAUCAUGACACCAUUCCCCUGACCAGGUGCCCUCUCCCACAGUUCUCAGGGUUCGAGUGUGUGUACGUGAAGUUAGGUGGCCAGGACAGAAUAGGGAUUCUGUUGGUGUACCGCCCACCCCGCUGCUCCACAGUCUCCCUACCUGAGCUAGCCAGGGUAGUCUCGGGGUUGGUGUUGGAGUCCCCUCGGCUUGUGGUACUGGGUGACUUCAACAUCCACGCUGAGACUGCUCUGUCGGGAGUGGCUCAGGACUUCAUGGCUUCCAUGACAACCAUGGGUCUGUCCCAAGUAUUAUCUGGCCCCACUCAUGUUGCUGGUCACACCCUCGACCUUGUUUUCUGUGUUGGUCGGUAUGAUGGUGAUCUUGGUGUGGAAGAACUUGCGGUGGUCCUGUUGUCAUGGACAGAUCACUACCUGGUCGGGUUUAGACUCACUGGGACCCAGAACCUCUGCAGGGGUGGGGGACCGAUUAGAAUGGUCCGUCCCAAGAGGCUGAUCAAUCCGGAUGGUUUCCUGACGGCUCUUGGUGAUUUUCCUGUCACCUUGGCAGGCGAUCCUGUCGAAGCCCUGGUUGAUCUCUGGAAUAGGGAAAUGGCCAGGGCGGUGGACACGAUCACUCCCGAGCGUCCCCUCUUUCGGAGUGGAGCCAAACCGGCUCCAUGGUUUUCCAAGGAGCUGGUGGUGAUGAAACGUGUCAGACGGGGACUAGAGCGACGUUGGCAGAAGACUCAGAGCGAAGCUGACCGAUCUCAGGCUAGAACCUAUCUGAAGGCCUACUCCGAGGCAGUGCGGGCUAAGAAGAAAUCUUUCUGCUGGGAGCCGUCGGGUGGAACUGUUUUGAGUGGUUAGGGGGCUUUUAAGUUCCAGCCCCCGUGAGGGUAAUUCUGACCACUCAGCAGACCGCUGUCAAGAAUUUGAACGGCACUUUGCAGACAAAGUCGCUCAGAUUCGCUCCGACUUGGAUGCUAAAAUUGAUACAGUCUCUGAGGAUGUAACUUUGGUGCUUGUUUGUCCAAUUAAAAUGGAUUCUUUUCAAUUUUUUUGCCCGAGGAUGUGGACAAGAUAUUUGGAGCGGCGCGUGCCACCACUUGUUCACUGGACCCUUGCCCUUCCUGGCUCAUUAAAAGUACCAGAGGGGGACUGGUCGAUUGGGUCAGGGGAGUGGUUAAUGCCUCUCUACAACAAGGCAGAAUUCCAUCAUGCUUAAAGGAGGCAGUUAUAAGACCACUGCUGAAAAAGCCCUCCCUGGAUCCCUCUUUACUAGGUAACUACCGGCCAGUCUCCAAUAUUCCAUUUUUAAGCAAGAUAAUAGAGCAUGUGGUGGUCGCCCAACUCCAGAGAUUCCUGGAUGAUAUGGAUUGUCUGGAUCCAUUUCAUUCUGGUUUCAGGCCUGGCUAUGGGACAGAGACAGCUUUGGUCGCCUUGGUGGAUGACCUACGCAGAGAACUGGACAGGGGGAGUGUUUAUCUCUUGGUUCUACUGGACCUCUCAGCAGCUUUCGAUACCAUCGAUCAUGGUAUCCUUCUGGGCCGCCUUGCUGAGAUGGGACUUGGGGGCACUGUGUUACAGUGGCUUCAGUCCUUCCUGGGGGACCGAACCCAGAAGGUGGUACUGGGGGACUCCUGCUCGACCCCUUCGCCAUUGACCUAUGGGGUCCCUCAGGGUUCAGUUUUGUCCCCCAUGUUAUUUAACAUUUACAUGAAACCGCUGGGAGAGGUUUUCUGGGGUUUUGGGGUUUGGUGCCAUCAGUAUGCCGAUGACACUCAACUCUAUUUCUCUUUUCCACCUGAAGCCAAGGAAGCCGUACAGGUCCUCAACCAGUGCCUGACAUCAGUGAUGGACUGGAUGAGGGCAAACAAGUUGAGCUUAAAUCCUGAUAAAACAGAGGUACUCCUGGUCAGUCGGAGGGCAGAUCAGGGAAUAGGGAUUCAACCAGUGCUGGAUGGGGUCGCACUCCCCCUGAAGUCUCAGGUUCGCAGUUUAGGUGUACUACUGGACUCAGCUUUGAAUUUUGAUGCCCAGAUUACUGCUGUGUCCAGGAGCACAUUUGCCCGAUUAAAACUGGUGCGCCAGCUGCGCCCGUUCCUGGAUCUGCCUGAUCUGACUAGGGUGAUGCAUGCCUUGGCUACAUCCCACUUAGACUAUUGUAACAUGCUGUACGUGGGGCUGCCUCUGAAGACUGUUCGGAAACUUAAAUUGGUACAAAGAGCUACAGCCAGAGUGCUAACCGGGGCUGGUUACAGGGAUCAUACAACCCCCCUGUUACAACAGCUCCACUGGCUGCCAAUUUGUUUCCGGUCACAAUUCAAAGUGCUGGUUUUGACCUACAAAGCCCUAUACGACUCAGGUCCAGGCUAUUUGACAGAUCGUAUCUCCCUACAUGAACCUGUCCGGGAUUUGAGAUCUUCAGGUGAGGCCCUUCUUGUGCUCCCCACACCUUCGCAAGCACAUAUGAUGGGGACACGAGAUAGGGCCUUUUCGGUGGCCACCCCUAGGCUGUGGAACUCCCUUCCGAGUGAGGUGCGAUCAGCUCCCUCUUGCCGUCUUUCCGGUGACAAGUAAAGACUGUUUUAUUUCAACGGGCAUUUGGGAUAGAGAACGACCAGGAUUAAGUGUCCUAGGAUUGGUGAUUACAUUAUAUGGUUUUAUUAUUUUAAAUUGUCUGCUGUUUUU